GAAUACGCAACUCAAGGUCAAGAUUACUUCGAAGAGUCGACCGCACUCGAAGCAAGACGGAGAGAAUAGAGCCACUCCACUUCCACCUUCCACCUUCAGGCAUACCGAUAACGACUAAUCAUCUUAUCAUCAACCACGAGUUAGCUUGACCAAAACCACUUAUUAGACAACUAGCACGCUCAUUUAUAUCAACCUACCUGGAUAAUAGCACGCUUACCCUCGCUUUCUGUGCUCUGAAGAAUUAUAGCCUCACCAGCCAGGAUCAAAAAUCGCAGUGCCUCCAAUCUGCUCCCUCAGGCGCCCUUGGAUAGCAAAAUGUCUGGCUCACAAGAGAUCAUCAUCCCGCGUCCUGGCACAGAAUCCAACACACCCACCUCUCCAAUCCCAGGACCAUCAGAAGAACAUUUCACCUCAACAUUCGGAAACCUCCUCCCUCCCGCUCAAUAUCUGAAAACCUCAAAUGGACAAAUAGCAUAUUACACCUUCUCACCUACCUCUUCCGCAAAAACAACAACAACAACCACCACAUCACCAUCUCGCGUCCUCUUCCUCCACGGCGUCCAAACUCCCUCCCUAGGUCUCCUUCCCUUGGCAACAUCUCUACACACUUCUUUCCCCUCAGCGGAAUUCGUGCUCUUGGAUCUCUACGGUCAUGGAUUAAGCGCAACGCCAUUGCUACCACACACACCAUCCCUUUUCCAUGAUCUGAUCGAUAAAUUACUAAAUCAUUUAAACUGGCCCUCUUGUCAUUUGCUCGGUUAUUCCUUCGGCGGCGCAACUAGCAUGGGAUAUAUCUCUUCCUCACCCUACCGCGCCGCCAGAGUUAGUUCUAUAUCUUUAGUCGCACCGGCUGGUCUUUGGAACCCUUCUUUUCUGGAUACAUCUAAAUUCGAAUCUGCAGACUACAAUGUUGCUGAAUCAUACAUAUUGGAAUUGCUAGAAGGUGGAGGACCGCUGAUCGUUCCCUCUGACUCCGCCUCCCGCAUAGCAAAUGGCGAAAUCGUGGCUGAGAAGAUCAGGGAAUGGCAGAUGGUCAAUCAUAAAGGUCACACGGCUUCAGUCAUCGCCAUCGUCAGAGAUGCAGGUGUUUUGGCGAGACCGGAGGUUUACGAAAAGGCGGUCGCUACGGGUGUGCCGAUUAUAGCGGUGUUGGGGGAGACUGAUGAUGUGGUGUAUGAAAAGGACUUGAAUGAAGUGGGGGUGGGGAAUGUAUAUGUUGUUGAGGGAGCUGGUCAUGCUGUUGUGAGGGAGAAGGUGCCGGAGGUCGCUGCGCAUAUUGAAAGGUUCUGGAAGGGUAUUUUUGCAGCAGAGGAGAUGAUAGAUACGUAGAAAAAGCAGAUGGAGCGAUUGAUACAAGUCUCGUCACUGAUCAGACCUUUGUUGAUCUUAUCAAAUUGGGCAUGCGAAAAUAUCUUCCGUUCUUUGUUUGAAUGGACGGCAUUCACAAAUUUGUCGUGUUGAAUCAUAAGAGUUGCAGAAACCAAUUACUCAUUCGUUCAAUACGUUGUAGCCAACGCGGUAUCCUCUUCGAAA